AGAAGAACCUGGGCAAGGCAGUAACUCUUGCAGAACCAAGUUAGACAAGACAGUAACUCUCACAGAACCAAGCUGUAAAGACAGCAACUUUUCAAAAGAAUUGGCAUUGAAGAUGGAAGUGGAAUUGAUAGAUAAAAAGGAUAAAGUAAAGAACGUGGUUAGUACUAUUGAUAAUAAUGAAUCAAAUGAAUUAGAAAAGAACAAAGAAUUUCUAAUGAAAUCAACAAUCUUGGAUGAAGCGAUCAAGAUCAGUAUAGCAUUAGGGUCAAAAAAUGAGCUUGUAAUCUUUGAAUAUGGUGUAAAAGAUGAUGAUGAUGGUAAUAAUGUAAAUAAGGAUAAUACAAUAGACCGUUGUAAUGAAGCAGGAGUUGACCAAGAUAAAAAUCGAAUUGGAGCAUCAAGUGAUGAAAGAUCUGGCAAAGGUGAAAAUAGGACUAAUAGUUUAAAGAAAGGAUUAAUGAAUGAACGAACCGAUAGUGAUAGAAUGUUGAUCAAAAAGGUGUUUGCUUUGUAUGAUUCCAGAGGUAGAUAUCAACGUGAUAUGGAUCAUAAUGCUGAAGUAGUACUGGAAGGAAAUUUGAAUAUUAGUGUUGUAUAUGAAAAAUAUGUAAUGAUAGUG